AGAAAUAAUUACUUUGACCCAUAGUAUUUUGACCCAUAAUUAAUUUGAUACAUUACCAAAAUAUUUUCUUAACUUUUACGAGAAGAGAUCAAUAUAGGUUGACUUGAUCAAUCUGGGACCUAUGUAUAAAUUGAUACCUUUGAUCAUUUGGGGCACCCCUAAAAACAAACAACUCACUGAUUAAUCAACAAUGAAUCGCCUCUUUUGUUUCCUUGUUCUUAUUGCAUUUUGUGAAGGGUUUAGUAAUGAAAACCUGAAAAACGCGGUACAUAUCUUUAACAAUCUUCUUCCCAAAAACAUUCUCAGAGUUCAUUGCAUAUCAGACGAAGAUGAUCUAGGCACCCACUUUUUGAGUCCUGAAGAGACAUACAAUAUCAGUUUUCAUGAUAGUGUUUUCAAAACCAUAAUUUAUUGCCAACUAUGGCAGGGAAAUAAUUUCAAGUUUUUUAAAAAGUUCUUGGCAUAUAGAAGUGGUGGUGCUAUAGUUCAUUAUGGUAAACAGAAUUUUUGGUUUGCUAAAGAAGAUGGGAUCUACUUCACACAUGGUCAAAAAGCUCCCAAGUUAGAGUAUACGUGGACCAAUGUUUCAUUACUCAAAGGUUGAUGUCUUAAUUUUUGUAUGACUAUGUAAUAAAUAUAAACCUAUGGAAUAAACUAUUAUAAUCCUAUUUAUUGUC